CCUUAUCAACCUUUUGUCAUUUCUUCGUUUGUUUGUUUCUUUUAAAAAAAAAUUGACCUACUUUCUCUCCCUUUCAAAAGUCCUUCAUCACUUCAGCUCCUUUGAUCUAGACAAAAUUUUAGCAUGCUUGAAUGUCCAGAGAAAGGAGGCGAUUUGAUGAGAUAGGAAAGAGGGUCAAGGGAGAGAGCGAUGUUUCAAACUCAUCACAAAUGGGAAGAAGACAUAUUUCUUCAGGGACGACAUUGAAUACAAUUACACCUUGUGCUGCAUGUAAACUUUUGAGAAGAAGAUGUGCUGAAGAAUGCCCUUUCUCUCCAUAUUUUUCUCCACAUGAACCUCAGAAAUUCGCCUCCGUUCACAAAGUCUUCGGUGCUAGCAACGUCUCCAAGAUGUUAAUGGAGGUUCCAGAGAGUCAAAGAGCGGAUGCUGCAAAUAGUCUGGUUUUUGAAGCUAAUUUGAGGCUGAGAGAUCCGGUGUAUGGAUGCAUGGGCGCCAUUUUGGCUUUGCAACAACAAGUUCAAGUUUUAUCGGCAGAACUUGACGCAGUGCGGGCAGAGAUUCUUAGAUACAAGUAUAAAGAAGCCAGUAAUAAUGCCAAUAUUAUUAAUCCUUCUUGUACUAAUUUAUUUUCUUCUGAGAUGGUAUCAAUUGUUGCACCAUCUCUUCCACAACCGUCUCCUCCUCCUCCACCGCCGCCUUCGGUCGUCGUUUCUUCAUCUUCUAUUUCUUCUUUAUACACAGCUCCAACAACCACUUCUACAACAGAUAGCUUCUGCCAUUUUAGUUGAAUUUUGCUACUUUCUCAAAUGCUUGAAAGGAGACAAAUGGGAAAUUGAUUAGCGGUAAUACUCAUAAAUUACAAGAAAUGGUAGCGUGCAAUGGUUGUUUUAGGUGUUUGAGGAUGCAUUUUCCAAUGGUCUUCACACGUGUCAGGAAUAUGCAUAGUUUGACUGAUAAACUUUCAAGACUUCUAAUUUUCAAUACUUUCAUGUUAGUCUGUGCCAUUGAAGGACCUGAAAACAUGUUCGAGGAACAUGGGGGAGACAAAAAGUUGGUGGUUGUGAUUCUCCCCAUGUGAAUUUUUAGUGUUUGCAUAAAUCCAGGAAAAAAUAGC